CAAAAUAUUGAGUUAGUAAUAAAAAUAAUCGAUAUUCCUACUUUCACGGCGUGCUUGCGCCGUCUCUCCUCAGUGCAUCGAUUAUUUGGAGGCGCCUGUAUAGCUAUCGAAGUGUAACCACAACAUUAAACACUUGUUUUCUUGAAAUGCUAAAACGAAUCUGAUUUGAGAAAUUAUGGACCAGGGGCCGAGCUUCUCGAGUCUUGAGACGAGGAGGGAUAUUGCCCCCACAUUCCGACAGCCUCUUCAGAGUAGAGAAAGGUCUGAAUUUCUAGGAAGUAUAGACGAUGAAGUGGCCAAGAUAUGUGAUGUUGAUCUCCAGGAUAGACUCCGAGCCCGACAAAUGAAAAAACAAACCCGGAUAGCUCCUGCUAGCAGUAGUUUUGUCUGCUUGGAGGACCUACUGCUUAACCAACCCGAUCCCACGCCCGGGGAGAACAUCGCCCUUAUGAUUAAAAGGGAUUUUAGCUCACCACCUUUCCUGAAGGAAGAUGAAGAGGAGUUGGCUGCCUACGAUCCCCCACCAUGGUUUCGGUUCCGAAGGAAAAGAAUCAAAACGUACAGCAGAAAAAAAACUGCACAAAAUACUGACUUACAUAUAGAAAACGAGGAGGAUGAGGAUCGAAUGAGCUGUACGUCGGAACUCUCCGUCCAGGAGGAUCUCAAUAGUACUACAACAGCCGUCGUUUGCGAACUGGAUGCCAAUACGUCCCAAAGGAUACGGGAAAACCUACUAAACCUAAGUCAAUACUUCUCCCUGGGCAGCCCAAACUCCAAAACCCAAAAUGUUCAAGCACUUCAAUCAAAAAUAGAUCUUCCAACCAAAACACGACGCAAUUCUGAGCAACCCUCGGGGUCCCGGAAUCACGAGAGGAACCUUUCAGGUUCAAAUUCGACUACGGAAUGCAUUUGUGUUGAAACAAAUAAUGAAACAAAAAAUUGUGAUAUUAAGCCUGAAGGAUUUUUGGGUGCCACUAUAUUCGGAGAAAGUAUGAGAACUACUGCCAUCGAAUCGGAUAUAAAAGUUUGCGAUGAUUGGUCUGAGGCAGAUUCGUUUUUGGAAAUCUACAAUACAGAAAGGUUGUUAUUAGAUGGCGAGAUUGAGAACGCGGACAUUUUAGUAUUAGAGGACAUCCCAGUCAGUGAAUGGCAAACUUCCAUGGAAUUGCCCGAUGAAUCGGUAAAGGAAAAUGAGGAGGCACUUCAAAGAAAAUUGAAAAUAGAACCAAUUUCUCAGGAAAACCCAAAGAUGGCAGAAGAUACCAAUUUGGUCAGUGAUAUUCAGUUUCUGAAGGAAAUUCACCUUGACGAAUGGCAACCAGAACUUGAACCAGCGCCUAAAACGUCACUUCACGUUUCCGCGGAAAUGCAAGAAAUGGAAGGACAUGAACGCAAAACUGAAGUCAUCCCAGAAUUUGUUGGAUUUCGCACAGCUUCCGACAAACCAAUUAAGGUAUCCGAGGAAAUGAAAAAGCGAGCGGCCAAGUUUUUGUCCGAUUUUGAGGAAGCAGAAAAUCACCAUCCGAAAAGUCCAGCAGAUCAGAACGACGCUAAUUUUGACGUUCCUGAGGAAAUGCAAGAAACGGAACCGCAUAAACAAAAACGUGAAGACAUCCCCGAGUUUGUUGGAUUUCGUACUGCUUCCGACAAACCAAUAAAGCUUUCCGAGAAAAUGAAAGAGCGAGCGGCCAAGUUUUUGUCCGAUUUUGAAGCAGCUGAAACUAACCCAUUCGAACGUGAACCAGAUAGAAUGGACUCAAAUCAACCAAAAGUCUUUGUGGGUUUUCAAACUGCCUCAAACAAACCGAUUAAGAUCACGAAAGAAAUGGAAGCCAAAGGAGCUCAUUUUCUAGCCCAGUUUAAGGCCACAGACGAGAUUAACCAAGUUAACGACGAUCAGUACCUCCAAGAUUUUGCUUUCAGUGAAUGGCAGCCAAUAGAUAUUUCUGGAGAUGUUCCAUCUACCUCUAAAAAACUAACUGAAGUGCCCAAAUCGAUAAUCAUGCCAAUAUCAAAUUCAAAUACUGUCAUUGCAGGAAAAGAAAAUCAGCAAGUCGAUCUUACAAAAAUAAAAGAGGAUGAAAUAAGGACUCCCAACAAAACCCAGUCUCCUACUCAAAAUAUUCCUCAGCUUGUUGGAUUCCGCAAAACGCCUUACAAAUUUAUUGACAUACCGAAAGAAAUGAAAAACAUGGGCGAUAGGUUAAUGUCUGAAGUUGAAUCGGGAUUGUACCAACCUAGUCAAAAGCAUAACUCGCAUACUAAAGAAAUAUCUGGUAAUCACAGUCGGGAGUUUGUGGGAUUCAGAACAGCAUCAAACAAGCCCAUUAAAGUAUCAGAAGAGAUGAAAAAGAAAGCUGCCAAAUUAAUGGAUGAGGUAGUGGCUGAAGAUCUGAAUCAUUACAGUGGAGAAAGGCCAGCGGAUGACUUUCGAGAAAUCUUUGGGUUCCGCACAGCGUCUAACAAACGCAUCGAAAUAUCGGAGGAGACGAGAAUUAGAGCGGCCCAACUGAUGGCAGACAUUGAAAUUGCCUUGCCUCCGGAAGUUGCCGAUGUUGUUGUCAUUAAGCCUGGGGAUAGUGACUCUAACAAAUCAGAUGAUGCGUCUGGAGAAGAUUUCCAUGGAUUUCCCUUGGACGAUGGCAUCAUCUUUUCAAUGGACGAAGACGAUAACGACUCUAUUUUUCCCAGGUUGUCGCAGAAAAUUCAAAACAGUUCGAAUUUAGGUGAUGACUCAAGUGUGGUCACACCCAAACACAGAAGGGAGACCUCCGACGGAAUUCCCUCGAGUAAGAGGCGUUGCAGCGAAACACCUUCACAGUUGACCAAGACGACCUCAUUCCAAAGUGGCCUGAAUACGCCACCCCAAUCGCAGCAGAUCCACGCCUCCCUGUCGCAACUGGCAGAGCGAUCGCCGUUGGACAAGAAAACCAAGUCCUCCAUAAUUGCUCGCCGAAAUCUCCUCUCCCUGAGCAAGAUUCGGAAGCGGAGCAGAACUCCGGUUAAGCCCAAAUGUGCACCCUUACCGGUCUCGACAAGUACCCCGCUAGCCGAUAAGAACUCCAAUCUGGUCGAGAACUCCGACAACGCUAGACUUAUUGCUGGGGACAUGUCUCCGAUUUGCAUGCAAAACAAUAAAAGUCGCCGCCUUGGAUUAAGUAGGAGUCGCUAUUAGAAUAUUAACUAUAAAGUAAAAAACGCCGGUCGGUUUUGUUGUUGUUUUAUUGUUGCCUACCUAUUAAGAAGAAACUAAACCCAU